GACUGAUUCAAAUCAGUGCAUCUGCUGAUCUUCGUGUAAUCAAAUACGUCGAACCAAACACCACACCACAACCUUUAGACCUCACCAUCAUCACACGAGGAAAAACAGCUACAUCAUCUAAACAUCGUCAAUCAGUGUGUCACGCCACAAGGGAGUACCGAUUUAAUACGACCAUGCACCCUGCAGUCGGGUCUGCUUCUGUAUACAAUGGCUUUGCAGAUACUGCGCAUGCCCGCACAGCUAGGGAUAUUGAAUUUGGCGGUGCUGUGGGAAUUUAUGGUGUGCCCAUGACUACCGGAAAAAGAUGCAUGCUGGUAGUAUUUUCUGACAUUGUUUGUUGGUGUAUGCCUUCAACAAAUGCCACUCCGCCAUCAUUUGAUGAACUCACUCGAUUCGAAAUAGAAACCGGCAGCACGAUGGAAUUGGUCAAGGUAUUUGGUGGUGGUGGAGAUAAAAGAUUGAAAGUCACGGCAGAAUGUCUUCCUGUUCUAGACGGUGAUGCAAGACUAAAUGAGAAAUACUCGAUCAUGCGACUAGGUGAUGAUCGAGGAGUUUUGUAUGUCAAAGGCGUAACAAGUGAGAUUAUAUCGUGGGUGGAUGCAAUCCAUCGUAUGGACUAAAAGAUCCUCUUUUGUUUUCAGCCGUGCUCAUAUAAAACGGAACACUUGUAUUUAUCCUUGAAUAAACGAUAGCUGACUAU